AUGCAUCUCCUGCCAAACUUUUCUUUUGUCACUUGGCUGCUCCUCAUCGCUUUCCUUAGCCUCCUGGUCCUCUAUGGGAUAUGGCCCUUCCAGACCUUCAAGAAGCUGGGCAUUCCCGGACCACAGCCUCUGCCAUUUUUUGGAACAUUUUUAGAGUACCGGCACGGAGUCCUGAAUUUUGAUCAGAUGUGCUUUGAAAAAUACGGUAAAAUCUGGGGGAUUUUUGACGGCAGGCAGCCUGUGCUGGCUGUUCUGGACCCCACCCUCAUCAAACACAUCCUGGUGAAAGAGUGCUAUACCGUCUUUACCAAUCGCCGGAACUUUGGUCUCAAUGGGAUCCUGGAGUCGGCCCUCAAUGUGGCUGAAGAUGAGAAGUGGAAAAGAAUUCGCAAUGUUCUGUCUCCGACCUUCACCAGCGGGAAGCUGAAGGAGAUGUUCCCUGUCAUUACUGACUAUGGAGAAAAAUUAGUGAAAAACAUUGAGAAGAAAGUGGCUAAUGAUGAGUUCAUAAACACAAAGGACAUUUUUGGAGCCUACAGCAUGGACGUGGUGACCAGCACUUCUUUCAGUGUGAAUGUUGACUCCAUGGGCAAUCCCAGUGACCCCUUUGUCACCAACAUUAAGAAAUUUCUUAAAUUCAAUUUCCUAAACCCCGUGUUCGUAUUCCUAGUGUUGUUCCCCUUCGUUGUCCCAGUGCUGGAAAAGAUGAAUGUUACUCUAUUGCCCUCAAAGGUUAUGGACUUCUUCAACGGAGUCUUCAUAAAAAUGAAGAAGGAGAGGGAAAAGGGCAGCGGCAGGAACCGGGUUGAUUUCCUGCAACUCAUGGUUGACUCGCAGAGCUCACAGGAGAGCUCCAAUUCUGCUGAGACUGACUCAUACAAAUCAUUAAGCGAUGAAGAAAUCCUGGCCCAGGCUCUUAUCUUUGUCUUUGCUGGUUAUGAGACCACCAGCUCUACCCUCAGCUACAUAUCGUAUAACCUGGCCGUCCACCCGGAUGUGCAGCAGCAACUCCAGGAUGAGAUUGAUGCAAACCUGCCCAACAAGGCUGCUCCCACGUACAAUGCCAUCAUGCAGAUGGAGUACCUCGAUAUGGUGGUGAAUGAAACCCUCCGGCUCUUCCCUGUCGGUGGCCGGAUUGAGAGGGUCUGCAAGAAAACAGUGGAGCUCAAUGGUGUGACUAUUCCAAAGGGCAUGGUGGUCAUGAUCCCAGCCUACGUGAUGCAGCGUGACCCGGAGUACUGGCCAGAGCCAGAGGAAUUCAGGCCUGAGAGGUUCAGUAAAGAGAACAAAGAGUCUAUCGACCCCUACACCUUCCUGCCGUUCGGGGCUGGCCCCAGGAACUGCAUAGGAAUGAGGUUUGCUCUCCUCACUCUGAAAGUGGCUGUGGUCGUCCUGUUGCAAAACUUCUCGUUCAGAACCUGCAAAGACACUCCGGUCCCGCUGGUUCUGGACACGAAAGGCUUCAUUCAACCGAAGAAGCCCAUCGUCCUGAAGAUGGUCCCCAGAGCCCAUGCUGAUCUGAAGAACUGA